GUACACAGAAAAUGGCCACAUCUAACCGCCGUCGUAACAUGGUCCUGGCUCUCUUGAAGCUUCAAAAGCCCUAACCACUGCAGAAGCGAGUUUAUAAAUAUACAAACUGACAAGCCCAUCAGUGCUUUCAAUCCUGAACUCCAACUGUCGGAAAGAUUCAAUCUUUAUCUGUCAACACACACUGAAACUUGGAAAGAUCCCAAAACGCUAGUUCCAAACGACAACUCAACAAUGGAAGAAAACAGAGUGAUACCUGACUCAGUUAUGGAUUCAGUGAAGAAAACAUCUUUUAAUGUGGAACAAGUGAGAACCCAUUUGCUCCAACUCUUGUCUCUAUCUGACCCAGAUGUCCUCGCUGAGAUGUCCCCUCUCGAACGGGCUCAGUUGCUCUUCUUGCUCGCUAAGGCUACCACCAUCCUCUACACUUUGAGGCUGAGAUGCAGUGGAGUUCACCCAGAUGAACAUUCUGUUAAAUCCGAGCUUGAGAGAGUACGGUUGUACCAGGAAAAACUUCACCGUUUCAUAGAUUUAAGUAAAGCACCAUUGCGACCUUCUACUACCUUAAAUUAUCAGGCAGCGACUCGUUUCAUUGAGCAUUCUUUGCCUGACCUUACACCUGAACAGAGGAAAAACAUGAAGGAUAUCAGUAGAGGGGAAGGUACUAGGAUCAAAUAUACAGAGAGAAGUGUCCAAAAGAGGAGGAAAUAUCAAUCAUCUGAAACAAAAAAUGUUCAGGCUGCUGCCAAGGAAUUUCUUGAGAAAGCAGCCCAAGAGCUUCUUGGUGAUAAUAAAGAUGGUUUUCAGGGACCACUGAAACUUGAUUCUCCAGAUGGAGAUGAAAACCCAAUGGGGUGAUUUCCCCAUCAUAUGGUGGUGGAUGCUGUUCAGUGUUCUCUCACUGUAUAGGUUUCAUUUUUCCUUUAGUUCUCAGUUGAUAUUUUAUCUUUCAAUGUGUUAGAUCUGCUUUAAAAAUUUGUUAUGAAGUAAUGAUCAUGGUUUUGUUUUUAAACAAAGGAAAAUGAAGUAUGUUUUUGUAAAAGGUAAA